AUGGACUACUUCAAAUCACUUGUGGGCGGCAAGCCGUCGCAGGCGCCCAUUGUCGCAGAAGAUGCAGACUUCGCCGACUUCGCGGCAGCUCCCCCUCCAUCGCCGGCUUCCAUCCCCGCCUCGCCAGCCGAUGCGCAAGCAGCAAGUCCAACAGGAGCCAAUCUCGCGGCAGGAGAUCUACCCCGGCAAUUGACCUACACGAAAUGGUACCGAGUAUGGGAGCGAACGCAGCUAUCGGACUUCACCAUGGAGGCCAUCCUCAUUCCUUUCCUCCUGCUUGCUCUGCUGGUGCACUUUUGGGGUACGAGGACGAACAGGCGCAAGGCGCGGAAAUGGAUCGCCGUGCAUGAACCAUUGCUGGAGCGAGAGUUUGCGCUGGUGGGUUACGGCCCGGCACCACAAGAGACAAUAGAAGCGGCGUCCACCCCGGUAGACGCAAGCCUCUUCAAGGAGCUGGUCAAGAAGAGCGGGAACGGCGUGUCCGAGGAUCUGCUCAAGGAGAAAUCUGCCUAUGAGUUCGAGUCGUAUGCGACAGGCCGCCAGAACGUGGCCUUCGCCGACAUCAAGAUCUCCCUCAAGAGAAGGAUGAACCCUCUGGUCUUGAUCGCCGAGGAAGUCACGGGCCUCUUCAUCGAAAGCAUCAAGCCCAAGCCCGAAAGAAUCGAAGCAGUCAUCUAUGCCUUCGACGGCAAGGAGAAGGACUUUGUGCCCCCUCCAGUGCCCGGCUCCGAGGAGGCAGGCAAGCAAAAGGGCGUGAGCAACUCGAGCUACGACCCGUUCGUCUUCGCCGUGGUCAAUAAGCUGGCAAUGCGUCGCCUGCGCGACGAACGCUACGACCUCUCCCUCACCUUCACCAAGGACAACGCCAAACUCCCCGAGUGGGCCACCGUCAUGAGCGAGUCCGCCGAAGUCAGCGAAUGGCUGCUCACCAAGGACCUCGUCGACGCCGUCAAGGAAGCCGGGCCGGACCACUUCCAGUAUUUGAUAAUUACGGACCAACCGCACGACAAACCCACCAACCUGAACGAGACGGCGCAGAAGAAACGGCUGCACCUGGCCCUCAACCUGCCCUCGUCCGAGGAGCACUACUUGCACACCCUGCCGCUGUUUGCCCUCUUCCUGCGCCUGCCUGAUUUUCUGGUCUCAAACGCAAAACUCCGCCCGGAGGUCUUGCGCAAGAUCAAUGCCACCCGCGACCAGGAGAAGAGCAAACUCAAGAAGAUAUCUGACAAGGAAGCCGAAGAGGAGCGCCUGAGGCAGCUGGAUAAGUUGAAGAAGGAGGAGCGCGACCGCAAGAUGAAGGGCAUGAGCGCCGAGGAGCAGCGCAAGUUCCUGGACCGCGAGAACGAAAAGCAGCGCAAGAAGAACGAGAAGAAGAUGACCCGCCGUGGUUAG